AGUCUGCCCAACAGCCCCAAACACAGCUGGACUCCAUAUUUAUGCUGCUGGAGGACAACAUCAUCACUUUUGUGAAGAAUGAACUGAAAAAGAUGCAGAAGGUUCUGAGUGCAGAUUACCCAGAAUGCUUAGAGAGUCAGAGAGAGGAUGAGGAGCUGUUGAAAGGUGAAGAUGAAGAGAGAAGCAGAGAGGCUUUUAUGAAGAUCACACUGCACUUCCUGAGGAAAAUGAAGCAGGAGGAGCUGGCUGACCGUCUGCAGAGCAAAUUUCCAGUCCUGUGCCAACAUAAACUUAAAUCCACUCUGAAGAAGAAGUUCCAGUGUGUGUUUGAGGGCAUCGCUAAAGCAGGAAACCCAACCCUUCUGAAUCAGAUCUACACAGAGCUCUACAUCACAGAGGGAGGGACUGCAGAGGUCAAUGAUGAACAUGAGGUCAGACAGAUUGAAACAGCAUCCAGGAAACCAGACAGACCAGAAACAACAAUCAGACAUGAAGACAUCUUUAAAGGGUCACCUGGAAGAGAUGAACCAAUCAGAACAGUGCUGACAAAGGGAGUGGCUGGCAUUGGGAAAACAGUCUUAACACAGAAGUUCACUCUGGACUGGGCUGAAGACAAAGCCAACCAGGACAUCCAGUUCAUGUUUCCAUUCACUUUCAGAGAGCUGAAUGUGCUGAAAGAGAAAAAGUUCAGCUUGGUGGAACUUGUUCAUCACUUCUUCACUGAAACCAAAGAAGCAGGAAUCUGCAGCUUUGAAGACUUCCAGGUUGUGUUCAUCUUUGAUGGUCUGGAUGAGUGUCGACUUCCUCUGGACUUCCACAACACUGAGAUCCUGGCUGAUGUUACAGAGUCCACCUCAGUGGAUGUGCUGCUGACAAACCUCAUCAGGGGGAACCUGCUUCCCUCUGCUCACCUCUGGAUAACCACACGACCUGCAGCAGCCAAUCAGAUCCCUGCUCAGUGUGUUGACAUGGUGACAGAGGUCAAAGGGUUCACUGAGCCACAGAAAGAGGAGUACUUCAGGAAGAGAUUCAGGGAUAAGAAGCAGGCCAGCAGAAUCAUCUCCCACAUCAAGACAUCACGAAGCCUCCACAUCAUGUGCCACAUCCCAGUCUUCUGCUGGAUCACUGCUACAGUUCUGGAGGAUGUGCUGAAAACCAGAGAGAGAGGACAGCUGCCCAAGACCCUGACUGAGAUGUACAUCCACUUCCUGGUGGUUCAGGCCAAAGUGAAGAAGGUCAAGUAUGAUGGAGGAACUGAGACAGAUCCACACUGGAGUCCAGAGAGCAGGAAGAUGAUUGAGUCUCUGGGAAAACUGGCUUUUGAUCAGCUGCAGAAAGGAAACCUGAUCUUCUAUCAAUCAGACCUGACAGAGUGUGGCAUCGAUAUCAGAGCAGCCUCAGUGUACUCAGGAUUGUUCACACAGAUCUUUAAAGAGGAGAGAGGGCUGUACCAGGACAAGGUGUUCUGCUUCAUCCAUCUGAGUGUUCAGGAGUUUCUGGCUGCUAUUCAUGUCCAUCUGACCUUCAUCAACUCUGGAGUCAAUCUGCUGGAAGAACAACAAACAACCUCCCAGACAGAGAAACACCUCUACCAGAGUGCUGUGAACAAGGCCUUACAGAGUCCAAAUGGACACCUGGACUUGUUCCUCCGCUUCCUCCUGGGUCUUUCACUGCAGACCAAUCAGACCCUCCUACAAGGUCUUCUGACACAGACAGGAAGUAUCUCAGAGACCAAUCAGGAAACAGUCCAGUACAUCAAGAAGAAGCUCAAUGAGAAUCUGUCUGCAGAGAAAAGCAUCAACCUGUUCCACUGUCUGAAUGAACUGAAUGAUCGUUCUCUAGUGGAGGAGAUCCAACAGUCCCUGAGAUCAGGAAGUCUCUCCACAGAUGAACUGUCUCCUGCUCAGUGGUCAGCUCUGGUCUUCAUCUUACUGUCAUCAGAAGAAGAUCUGGAUGUGUUUGACCUGAAGAAAUACUCUGCUUCAGAGGAGGCUCUGCUGAGGCUGCUGCCAGUGGUCAAAGCCUCCAACAAAGCUCUGCUGAGCAGCUGUAACCUGUCAGAGAGAAGCUGGGAAGAUCUGUCCUCCUCUCUUCAACUAGAAGACUGUGAGCUGACAGAGCUAGACCUGAGUAACAACAACCUGCAGGACUCAGGAUUGAAGCUGCUGCUUCCUGGAUUGGAGAGUCCCCGCUGUAAACUGGAGACACUCAGGCUGUCAGGCUGCCUGAUCACAGAAGAAGGUUGUAAGUCUCUGGUCUCAGCUUUGAGCUCCAACCCCUCCAUUCUGAGAGAGCUGGACCUGAGCUACAACCAUCCAGGAGAGGCAGGAGUGAAGCUGCUGGAGCAGCUGAGACUGGAAACUCUCAGAGUUCUGGUGGAGCCUGCUGGAGUCCGAUGGUUGAGCCCAGGUCUGAGGAAGUAUUCCUGUCAACUCACAAUCGACACAAACACAGUGAACACAAAACUCCAACUGUCUGACAACAACAGGAAGGUGACAUGUGUGGAGGAGGUUCAGUCAUAUCCUGAUCAUCCAGACAGAUUUGAUCAUUGGCCUCAGCUGCUGUGUAGAGAUGGUCUGACUGGUCGCUGUUACUGGGAGGUCGAGUGGAGAGGAGAGGUUCAUGUAUCCAGUAGCAGUGUAUGUGGACUGUCCUGCUGGCACUCUGUCCUUCUACAGAGUCUCCUCUGACACUCUGAUCCACCUCCACACCUUCAACACCACAUUCACUGAACCUCUUUAUCCUGGAUUUGGGUUCUGGUUUGGUCAGCUUGGUUCCUCCGUGUCUCUGUGCUGAGUUUAGUGUAAAGAGUGUCCUCCUGUCAGAGAA